GGGGUGAAGGUAAGGAGAGGCACAGGUAAUUCUCACGUGUCGGUUUCGUGUACGGAGUCGGCGCGCUGUUUGUUAUAAGCGGAGACUCUUGGGGAUGUUGAUGAGAGUGGAAUUGUUGAGGUUCCCCAGGCUCUCAACAAAGUGGUGCUCGUCGAUCACUGCAGCUCCCCUUUCCGCCCCUCUCAGGGCUACAACGGCCACGAUCAGUCUAGCGCCACCAGCCGGGGCCCGCAAGCGCGCAAUGUGUUUCGCCGCUGAACGAGGGCGACCAUGGGAAAGGGAAAAGCUGUGGCUUCAUUGCUUGCGUCGGCGAGGGGGAGGCUCUGCGCACAGCACAGCACAUGCUCAGCCCACGGCUUUUUUUUCACAUGAAACUUUUUUUUUGAUCUCCGCGCCAGCCCUCCACUCCGAGGCGGAGGGCAGACCCUGAUGCACAUGUGUCACGGCGUCGGGUCUACCCCACGGCGUGCAACCAGCCCAGCCAGUCCGGCCGCGCGGAUAUCAGAUAGUGUGUGUGGCAAGCUGAGAGCCAGGCGGCGAGCUGU